UAUUGUCGCUACAGACAGCUAACUGCGCCCUCUGCUCUAUUUAUACAGCUCGCUUGCUCGUUGCCGGCUAUCCUGCCUACUAGAAAUUUCCACUUUCUCACCGGCACUUCCAUCAGCCAGCAGGAUAUACCUCCAUCGCCCUCUCUCUGCGACCAGAUCUGCCUCCCUGACCGGAUUAUACACUCGAUUCCCUACCUCCUGACAUAUCCUCUCUCAUCUGUUUGCCCCGGAACUUGUAUGGGAACUGCAUCACCAAAGAGUCGGUCUCACCCUACCAAGGCCUCUUCGUCGCAUUCGCCUACCUGCACCAUCAACAACGCCAUCACCCAGCAGUCCGAGGCAAUAAUCCAUCGGAUAUGCCUCAGGAACCGCGGGUGAGAAUGCAUCCAUCAGCUCAUGUCUGUGAAGUGUCAGGAUCUGGCGGCCCGGUCUCCGAGAGCCAGGCAUACUUUGACGAGCAGCCCCAGGCUGACCGUCCGGCCAAAAAUGAGUCUCCUUCAAACCCGUCUCCAAAGCAUGUGGCCUUCGAGCUGCUGCUCGACGAGUCCUCGAAGAUGCGGGCUCGCAUUCCAAUGAGGGUCCAGAUCUAUCCCCAUGACACUACCGACUCCAUCGUCACUACGGUCAAAAAUUUCUAUGGGAUCUACGAAGGCACCGCCAGCGGCGUUAGCUUUGAGGACCAGGAUGGCAACACACUCAUUGCCAGGUACGAGAACCUCAAGAACAGCAUGACUGUCUAUGUCCGAGUGAUACCGAACCAUCAUUACCCCGAACAACACUCACCGCCGUCAUACUAUGCCAUCUCCCCGAUGGACAACUACUCCCGGCCUACCCUUGGCGAACCAUUCUCUAUGCCACCUCCCCAGGGCAACCAGGCUAUCAACUAUGGCCAAUCCGUCUCCCGUCCUACUUCGCGCGCUGCUGCUGGAAAGCGAAGUGUCUCUCCUCCUGCCCGAGGUCGCCGAAGCGCCUCGAGGCAGAAGUCAUCUCGAGGAGGUGUCAAGAGCCGUGGCUCAAGCACCCAUGGAAGCUUCCAUGAUGACGCACAUAUGCCUUGCAGUGACAGUGAUGGAGGCCAUAGCUCAGUAAACGGCUCAAGAAGGCCCAAGAGUGAGCACUUUGGUAGUGCUGAUAUCAGCAUGGAAAACAUCCUCCAAGAUGGCAGAAGGAAGCGCCCGAAGUUCGAGAGCUCCGUAAGUAUCAAGCUCUGCAGACAUUAACCCACCUGUUUCCAUAUCUAAUCUCGAUAUUAAUGUAUUUUAUCCCAGGAACUUCCCUUGUUUGCUCCUCCACAAGUGCCUCGCACAACUUCGGCAUCCUCCAUUUCUCCCCAGCGACGCUCCCUUGCGCCCGAUGCCUCGCCAUUCGCAAGACCCAACCAGAACGCCUUCAGCGGCUAUCAGGCGCUUUCCUCCCCCCAGGGCUUUGGCAACCACGAGAAACUGCAUUCUCUUCAGAAUGGAAGCGGGAGUAACCCAUAUGCGACUCCCACUGUACCACAUCAUGGCCACAGGCUACGGAAUCGAGCCAACUCCAACUCGGCGGUACACUAUGCUACCCCAGUGAAUGGCCAUGGCAUCUUGCCUACUCCUGAUCCAACCAUUGCUAGUUGCAUCUCGGACGAGGACGUUGCCAUGCAGCUCAUCAGGCUCGGAGACACCUCCAACUUCUCCCACGGCCGUAACUCCACUUCCACUGUUGACGAUGCGUUCAGUGGUAUCGCCGACGCCGCCUCUUCUACCGGCGCAACCACGGACAUAUCUGAUGUCAGUGGUGAUGAGACGGACCUGCCAACCAAGAUUAGAGAGCGUCGUGCAUCAAGUGGCUCCCUCCCAGCCUUGUCCAAGAAACACAAGACAUUGGACGAGAUCCUUCCUAGCUGUGAAAGCAGCGAUCCAGCUAGUGAUGAUAUCGAUGGUGAAUACCAAAAUCUCGCCUCUCAAGAUAACAUCAAGAGCGAAUAUGAUGAUGACCCAUCGUAUGAGGCACAGUCUUCUCGAACCAAGCGUGCAAGGAAAUCAGCCAGCGCAGCAACCACUGCUGCAACCUCAGCCAAGGGCACCGGCGCCAAACAAACCUCUACGGCUAAAGGAGGACGCAAUGCAAAGAACCGCUCUGCCCCUGCGUCUCGCAAGGGUAAACAAGCCCCAACUAGCUCUGCCAAACCGGUGCCACCCCCAAUACUCCCAGCCACCGCUCAGCAGGGAGGUGUCAACUUCCACAACCAGCUAGCUGCUGAUGAGGAAGAUCUCUCCACGAAGCCACGCUGCCAGAGAUGCCGAAAGAGCAAGAAGGGCUGUGACCGUCAGCGCCCCUGCCAGAGAUGCAAGGAUGCCGGCAUCGGUAUCGAGGGAUGCAUUAGCGAGGACGAGAAUAACGGUCGCAAGGGCCGAUAUGGCCGCCACAUGGGUGUUUCUGUCAAAAAGGACCCUGCCGCCAUUGCUGCAAAGGCUCAGGAAGCACAAGACACCGCCGCCCAAACUCCUGCUUCAUCCACCACGGCAACGGUUCCGGACAAGAACAAGAAGCGAAAGCGCUGAUUGUGAAAGCCCUCAGUGGUUCAGGGAGACCUUCUACUCUCGCCGUCACACCACUGCCUUGACGUUCCCUGUUUUCGAGUAACAACCUGCAGCAUCGAAUAUUCCUUUGUGCGAGCACAUACUCUUUCAUUACCAAUGCAUGCCUCCUGCUAUUCGAGUUUCGGCUAUACCUACGACUUUUGUUCAUACCAGCAACAAACAGACAAACCAACACCCCUCCCCCGAAGCAGCUGUUAACAUCAAAUUAUCAUUAUCAUAGACUUUGAUUCCUGUUUUUCUUGUUUCUCUUUCUUUCUUCGUCAAACGGUGGCUUGCUUGUUCCUUGUACCUCUCGUCUCAAACUACCAACUGUCGAAAUCCAACAUCCUCAUCUACCUCUCUGUGUUUAUUUGCUGCAAGUAUCAUCCGGCCAUCAGCUUUUCCUUAUGCCAAUUGCGACUGUCAUUAACAUCAAAGGCGCUGCGAGUUUUGUGUGUUUCUUGUACUGCAUUUACAUCCUUUUACUUGCGCCUUCGCUCUCUACAGUCAUGUACCUACUGCGGUGUCGUUGUCUUGUUUAAUCUCGAAUUUCAAAAUUUCCUUGAUUUCCUUUAUUUCCUUCAUAUCUCUUCAUUUUUCUCUCAGUCUCAUCGAGUCUCUCUGAGUUGAUGUAGUGGGGGUUCUGGCUAAUGGCUGUAUCAGUCGCAUCUUGCCUCUGAUAUUGCCUGAAGGAAACAGCAAAAAUAUUGCUUCGGGUCUCUUGUGUUCUCUGCAGCUAUGGCUUGGGCUUCCGUAUGGUUGUCCUAUCGACCAAAAUAGUCCCUUUCUUUGUUAUUUAUUGGAUUCAAUGGACGGGUUGAAAAUAUCAAUACUGCUUCUUACAUUCUAUAUUAAGAGCGUUGAAGCCGAUCAAUAGCCGGUAACUUUUGUAAUAAUACGCAUACAAAUCUGACGCCAAUCCCAAAUAUUUGGUGUGUAUUGUAAUGAACAUACACAAGAAAAUUACGCCGAAUUAUGACUUCAAAAUUUCAUAUUUUGUCGCAAACAAGCUGAAGCUGUGCAAAAGAGCUUUUGGUUGACGCUUACCCGGCGUUUCUUAACGAAUUUUCUAAUAGGAUCAAUUCGUCUCACACGACCGCAUACUCUUACCUAUUUUUAUCUGUUUUCUAGAUAUCCCUUUCAGU